AUAAAACUCAAUAAACUUAGACAGACAAGAAAUGAUAUUGUUAAUUGAAAGAAAGUGGAAUAGUUAUAUAUCCCGAUUGUUCUAAAAAAAAUGUUUUCUUGGUUUUUUAACACACAAUCAAAAGAAAAGGAUUGCUUAUUGAAUAAGGAGGAGGAAAAAUCAGAAAUGAAGCUUUCAAGUUCAAUAAAAGCUUCAACACUAGAUUUUAGAAAGAUUGAGUGUGACCUUUCAACAAAUAUUAAUUUUGGUUUGAGUACUUUAGAAGCAAAAAAUAGACAGCUUUUAUAUGGACUUAACGAGUUUGAUGUUGGUGAAGAUACACCAUUGUGGUUAAAAUAUUUAAAUCAGUUUAAAGAGCCUAUGAUAUUGUUGCUACUAACUAGUGGUUUAGUCAGUAUUUGCAUGGGACAAUAUGAUGACGCUAUUAGUAUUACUGUGGCUGUUAUAAUUGUUGUGACUGUUGCCUUUAUUCAGGAAUAUCGCUCAGAUAAAUCUGUAGAAGCAAUAACUCAGCUCGUUCCACCUUCAUGCCAUUGCUUGAGAAAUGGGGAUUGGGUAAAUUUUUUAGCAAAAGAAUUGGUCCCUGGUGAUAUUGUUGCAGUAGAAACAGGUGAUCGCGUUCCUGCUGAUCUACGACUGUUUGAGGCUAUUCACUUAGAAAUUGAUGAAUCAAGUUUUACUGGGGAAAUUAAACCUGCUCGAAAGUGUACUUUGACAUUGAGUACAAAUAGUGAAAAAUCAAACAUGGCUCUUAUGGGAACAUUAGUACGAGCAGGAAAAGGAAAGGGCAUAGUAUGUGGAACUGGUACUAAUUCUGAGUUUGGGUCGGUCUUUCAAAUGAUGAAGGAUGAGGAGCCUCCAAAAACUCCUCUUCAGAAAAGUAUGGAUCAACUUGGCAAACAACUUUCUUUUUACUCAAUUUUAAUUAUUGGUCUUGUUGUCUUACUUGGUUGGAUACAAAAUCGUAAAAUCAUGGAAAUGUUUACCAUUGGCGUAAGUUUAGCAGUCGCUGCAAUACCAGAAGGUCUGCCAAUUGUUGUAACUGUAACGCUAGCUCUUGGUGUUAUGCGAAUGGCUAACAGAAAUGCUAUUGUUAAAAAAUUACCAGCAGUAGAAACUUUAGGAUGUGCUACUGUUGUUUGUUCUGAUAAAACAGGCACACUAACAAAAAAUGAAAUGACUGUAACAGAUAUUGUUCUUGCAGAUAAUCGAAGAGUAAAGGUGACUGGAAUUGGGUAUUCAAGUCAUGGCCAAAUACUAUUUGGAAACCAUGGAGCUAGUGAAUUUUCAGAUGAAUCUUUAACUCUUCUUGUUAAGACAGGAUGCUUAUGCAAUAAUGCUUCAAUUAAAAAUUCUGUCCUUUUUGGGCAAGCCACUGAAGGAGCAAUAAUUGCUGUUGGACUUAAACUUGGGUUAGUUCGAUUAAAUGAAGAGUAUGAACGAAUCGAUGAAAUGCCAUUUACUUCUGAAAACAAAUGGAUGUCAGUAAAGUGUAGAAAAUUAUUUUCAGAGGAUGCUCCAAUGUUUUAUGUAAAGGGAUCCUUUGAAAAAGUAUUAGAAAAAUGUUCUACAUGGUUAGAUUAUGGUGUAAAAAAAAUAUUAACAUCAGCUCAUAAAGAAAGUGCAGCAGUUGAAGCUUCAAAGUUAGGUUACCAAGGACUAAGAGUGGUAGCAUUUGCUUAUGGGGAGGAAAUGAACUCAUUGACAUACCUUGGCAUUGCUGGCAUUAUUGAUCCUCCUCGAGAAGGAGUAAAAGAUGCUAUUUGCACACUUAUUGAAGGUGGAGUAAAUGUAAAAAUGCUUACAGGUGAUGCAAGAGAGACAGCUGUAGCCAUUGCUAGUAAAGUUGGUUUAAAUACAGAAGCAGCAAAUGUUAUAUCAGGCGAACAAAUUGAUUCUAUGGACAGCUAUGAACUCGAAAAAAUUAUUAAUAAUAUAACUGUAUUCUAUCGAGUUAGUCCGAAGAAUAAAGUCACAAUAGUUCGAGCUCUUCAAAGAAAGGAUCAUGUUGUUGCAAUGACAGGAGAUGGUGUCAAUGAUGCCAUAGCAUUAAAAUGUGCUGAUAUUGGAAUCACAAUGGGAAAAGGUGGGACAGAUGUUAGCAAAGAAGCUGCAGAUAUGAUAUUAGCAGAUGAUGAUUUUAAAACAAUUUUGAUAGCUCUUGCUGAAGGAAAAGGAAUUUAUUAUAAUAUACGAAAUUUCGUAAGAUUUCAACUUAGCACAAGCAUUGCCGCUAUCACGUUGAUUACAAUUUCUACAUUAUUAGCACUCCCUAAUCCCCUAAAUGCCAUGCAAAUUUUGUGGAUUAACAUUAUAAUGGAUGGUCCUCCAGCUCAAAGUUUGGGUGUGGAACCUGUAACUGAUGAUGUAAUGAGACAAAAGCCACGUGCAGUUAAAGAUCCAAUGGUUAAUAGAUAUCUGCUUAUCCAGGUCCUGAUAUCAUCAGCAAUUAUUGUAGCUGGCACAUUGUAUAUAUUUUGGCAUGAGAUGUCUGACAGUAUAAUAACACCACGCGAUACAACAAUGACAUUCACUUGUUUUGUAUUUUUUGAUAUGUUCAAUGCAAUGAGUUGUCGAUCUCAAACUAAAUCGAUACUCGAGAUUGGUUUUUUUAGUAAUCGGAUGUUUUUAUAUGCGGUUGGCGGUUCCGUUAUUGGUCAAAUGUUAGUAAUUUAUUUCCCUCCUCUGCAGAGGGUAUUUCAAACAGAAAGUUUAACAUUUUAUGACAUUAUAAAAUUGACUGCAAUUGCGUCCUCUGUGUUAGUUGUCGACGAAAUAAGAAAACUAGUAUUAAAAAAUUGCAUGAAAAAAUUGCUGCGUAAAAAAAGUAUUUAUGAUUUAGUAUAGUACUAGAAAGGUUUAGUUGA